AUGGUCGCCGCCGACGACGGCCCUCUCUACCUGGGCCUUGAUCUAUCUACACAGCAGCUCAAAGGUAUCCCCACCUCCCUUCUCCGAUUCACCUUGACCAUCUCUGAGCGAAACCCCUGCUCACAUCUGCUAGCAAUUAUCGUGGGACCCGACCUCAAGGCCGUCGCAAGGGCACACGUCGACUUUGACGCCGACUUUGGCCCCUCCUACGGCAUCACCAAAGGCGUCCGCACCCGCCCUUCCACGGGUGAGGUCUACGCGCCCGUCGCGCUGUGGCUCGAGUCGCUCGACCUGGUCCUCCACCGUCUAACCACCGCCGGCGCGUCCCUGCACCGCGUGCGCGGCGUCUCCGGCGCCGGCCAGCAGCACGGCAGCGUGUACUGGGCCGCCGACGCCGCGCGCGCGCUCGCCACACUGGACCCGGCCCGCCCCUUGGUCACGCAGCUCGCCGGGGAGGAUGUGCUCGCGCACCCGUGGUCGCCCAACUGGCAGGACCACAGCACGCAGGCCGAGUGCGACGCGUUCGACGGGGCGCUGGGCGGGCGGGACCGGCUGGCGGAGGUGACGGGUAGCGGCGCGCACCAUAGAUUCACCGGACCGCAGAUUAUGCGCCUCCGCCGCGUGCACCCGGACGUCUACGCUAGGACCGCGCGCAUCUCGCUCGUCUCCUCGUGGCUCGCCUCCGUGCUCCUCGGGCGCAUCGCGCCCAUCGAUGCCAGCGACGCCUGCGGCAUGAACCUGUGGGACAUGUCCUCCGCCCGCUGGCACCCGGAUCUGCUCUCCCUCGCCGCCGGUGACUCCGUCGCCGCCUCGCGCCUCCGCGCGAUGCUCGGCGAGCCGUGCCUGGACGCCGCGCGGCCGCUCGGGCCGGUCGCCGGGUACUUUGCCGCGCGACACGGCCUCCGCGCCGACUGCCAGGUGCUGCCCUUCACCGGGGACAAUCCCGCCACGCUGCUCGCGCUGCCGCUGCGGCCCGGCGACGCCAUCAUCUCCCUCGGCACCUCCACCACCUUCCUGAUGCACACCGAGACGGCCGCGCCGGACGCCGACCACCACUACUUCAACCACCCGACCACCCCCGGGCACUACAUGUUCAUGCUGUGCUACAAGAACGGCGGGCUGGCGCGCGAGCGCGUCCGCGACGACCUGCCCGGCGCCGCGGACGGGAGCUGGGCGGCGUUUGACAGAGCCAUCGCGGAGACGCCGCCGCUGGACAUCCAGGGGGGUCGCGCAAAGAUGGGGUUGUACUUUGACCUCCGCGAGACGGUGCCGAACCUGCGCGCCGGCACGUGGCGCUUCACCUGCGCGGCCGCCGACGGGAGCGACCUGCGCGUCGCGGAGGCGUGGCCUGCCGCCACCGACGCCCGGCUGAUUGUCGAGUCGCAGGCGCUAGGCGGGCGGCGACGCGUGCGCGCGGGGCGGCGCGCACAAGGCCCUGUGGGCUCUGGAGCGGCGCGACGGGCAGACGGUGGAUGA